AUGGUACGUGAACAAUACACUACAACAACACCAGGCACUAGCCUAGAGAGGCCGAAGAAUGAAUAUGUCUACAAAAUUGGAAUUUAUGGCUGGAGAAAGCGUUGCCUCUACCUGUUUGUUCUCCUCCUGCUUAUCAUCCUAGUUGUGAAUUUUUCUUUGACAAUUUGGAUUCUUAAAGUGAUGUGGUUUUCCCCAACUGGAAUGGGACACCUGCGUGUUACAAAAGAAGGCCUUCGUCUGGAAGGGGAAUCGGAAUUCUUAUUCCCUCUUUAUGCCAAAGAAAUCCAUUCUCGAGUGGACUCAUCACUGCUUCUCCAGUCUACUCACAAUGUGACUGUAAAUGCUCGCAAUUCAAAUGGGGAAGUCACAGGCAGAUUAAAUGUGGGUCCUAAAAUGGUAGAAUUCCAUGGUCAGCAAUUUCAGAUCAACUCAAAGGACGGCAAGCCACUUUUUACAGUGGAUGAAAAUGAGGUUGUAAUUGGCACAGAUAAACUUCGAGUCACAGGGCCUGAAGGAGCACUUUUUGAACACUCUGUAGAAACACCGCUUGUGAAGGCAGAAGCUUUUAAACAGCUUAGGCUGGAAUCACCGACUCGAUCUUUGAGCAUGGAUGCACCGCGAGGAAUUAAUAUCAAAGCGCAAGCUGGGAAUAUUGAAGCUCUUUCCCAGAUGGAUAUCAAACUGCACAGCAGUGAUGGUGUGCUUUUGCUCGAUGCUGAAACUGUGCGACUGCCCAAAUUGCCUGAGGGUACAAGGGGUGGAUCUCCUAUUUCUCAGGGGCUUUAUGAAAUCUGCGUGUGUCCGGACGGAAAGCUCUACUUGUCAGUGGCUGGCGUGGGCUCCACUUGCCAAGAAUACAGCCGUGUCUGCCAGUGAGGCACCACCAGAAAAGGCCACACACCCCCUUGCUAACUCUUGAGUUUUAUAUUAUUGCUAAAGAGCAUUACCGAAAGCAGAAUUUUCAGAAUUUUAAAAACAAAGUACUUCAGUUUAGGAAACAAAUCUGUAUCUACAAUUCUGGACUACAGGGUGAAAGGGGAAGAAGAGCACAAAUAACAUUUUAACUUCAGAAGAAUGACUUGAAUCAGAUUAUAUGUUCUGUCAGUAACACUUUGAAAACAGCCUUACAGAGAGCAUAAAAAAAAUAAAAGGAAUGUUUUCUUGUGAACUAUUAGUCAGUCAGAUGAUUAUGUCAUUGUUAAUAUUUUUGAGCUCUGUGGCUUUUUCUCUCACUACAUGUAAACACUUACUGCAUUAGUGGGUGAAAUUAAAUUGAGGGAACUACUUGAACUAUUUGUUAAGAUGAAGCAUUAUUUGGG